AUGUCUGCGUCGCCAUUGCAAUCGACCAAGCGUCCCUUGGAGGACCCUUCGUCGCCUUCGGGCCCCAAUGACCAGCCAGAGGCCAAGCGUCCUGCUCUGGACAAAGUAGUUAAGGGCGACGAGACUGAGGUCGCUUCGGCCGAUGGCCAGGGAGACACUGUUGUUCCCGAUGCUCCCAACGGUAAGGGUGCCUCUUCGGAGACCCAGCCCAUUCAGUCAACUGCUUCUCAUUCAGAGAGAGCUGGCUCUCAGUCGGACAGCCGUCCUCAGGAUGAGUCGAGCUGGAUCCAUAUCCGUGCUGUAAUUUCGAGCCAGGAGGCUGCCACUGUUAUUGGAAAAGGUGGGGAGAAUGUGUCCCAGAUCCGCCGUCUGUCGGGAGCCAAAUGCACCGUUAGCGACUACUCUCGUGGUGCAGUGGAACGUAUCUUGACCGUCAGCGGUCCUCAGGAUGCUGUUGCUAAGGCUUUUGGUCUGAUCAUUCGUACCCUCAACAAUGAACCCCUUGAUGCUCCUUCCACUGCCCAGUCCAAGACUUAUCCUCUGCGUUUACUAAUCCCUCAUAUCCUCAUCGGUUCUAUCAUUGGCAAGGCCGGUGUGCGCAUUCGUGAGAUCCAGGAGGCAUCCGGUGCCCGCCUGAACGCUUCAGACGCUUGCCUUCCCUUGUCUACUGAACGGUCUCUCGUCAUCCUCGGUGUUGCUGAUGCCGUACACAUCGCCACCUACUACGUCGCCGUGACCCUCGUUGAGCAGCUUACUGAACGCUUUGGAGGACCGGCAGCUUCUGCGUACGCUACUCGGAGCGGUGGUCCCGCUGGAGCAGUGCCUGGUGGCAUGCAGGUCGUGCCUUACGUCCCUCAGCCGGCUGGUGGUCAAUACGGUCACCCCGAAACUUUUAGGAGACAUCACCCUCACCCCAACCGCGCCGCAGCAGGCGCUUACGGUGUUCCUUAUAUGCACGGCCAGCCUGCACCUACGCCUGUCGCACAACCCAUGCCCUACGGUCCUACCCCUGUUCCUGCCGCUGCUGCUCCUCACGCCGCAUACGCCGGAGCCGGCCCGCAGGGUCCCACGCCUUACGGUCCCCAGCCUGCCGCGGCGCGGGGUGCUCCGACACCUGCGGCACCAGUUGGUGGAGUUAUGCCCGGUCAGCCAUUAACACAGCAGAUCUACAUCCCCAACGAUAUGGUCGGUGCUAUUAUCGGAAAGGGCGGUGCGAAGAUCAACGAGAUCCGGCAUCUGAGUGGUAGUGUGAUCAAGAUCAAUGAGCCGCAAGAAAGCAGCAACGAGCGGUUGGUCACGAUUACCGGUACUCAAGAGUGCAACCAGAUGGCACUCUACAUGCUAUAUUCGCGACUUGAAAGUGAAAAGCACCGUGUCUAG